AUGAAUUCAUCAUAUGGUAAGACUAAUCAAAAACCUAUUAAAACUGAUCUUGUUUUUAAACAAAUAUCUGUUAAAAGUAAUAAAGGAGAUAUUCAAUAUGAUGCUGAAAGAUAUUUAAGAAAGAACUCGUUAUUAGUCAAAUCAUUUUAUGAUGUUGCUGAAAAUAUAAGAUGCUUUGAAUGUAAUAAAAGUUUUGAUGAUUUCUCUGUUCCAAAUCUUAUUGGUGUUCAAACUCUUACUAUGUCAAAACGUAUUAUGAAUGAAGUUAUGUGUUUAGUAGAAGAUCUAAAUAUUCCAAUUUAUUAUCAAGAUACAGAUAGUAUGCACAUAUUAAAAUCAAGAAUUACUGAAUUAGAAGAUGAAUAUUCUAAAAAAUAUAAUAGAGUACUUAGAGGUUCUGAUAUGGGACAAUUUCAUAUAGAUUUUUAUGAAUUAUCUGGAGAUGUUACUAGUAUUGAAUCAUAUUUCUUAGGUAAGAAGGCUUAUUGUGAUAAAUUAACUAAUGAGAAGAAUGAAGUCGCUCAUCAUCUUCGAUUAAAAGGUAUUCCUAAUAAUUUAUUAAAUUGUCAAUAUGAAGAUACAUUAGAAUUAUAUAAGAAACUAUAUGAUGGAGAAUCAUUUAAUUAUAAUCUUUUACAACUUAGACGAUCAUUUGAAUUUACUAAAGAUUUUAGAAUUAAAUCAAGAUUUCAAUUCUGUAAAAAUAUUAAAUUUAAUACUGAAUUAGGUUCAUUUUAA